AUGGAGUGCUUCCUGAACGAAACCUGGAACUACAGCUCUGUCUUCAUCGGCUCAACACCUUCGUCUCCUGCCUCCUCCUCCUCGUUCGGCGGACUGGACCUCCUUUUGGAGCUGAAGCCACUCUUCAUCCCCCUCUACGCCAUUCUGGUUUUCGUGGCCUGUUCCGGGAACAUCCUCCUCCUCUUCCUCAUCGGGCUGAACAAGAAGCUCCACAGCACCACCAACUUCCUGAUCGGGAAUCUGGCCCUGGUCGACCUGGUGAUGUGCGUGUUCUGCGUCCCCCUCACGGCGUCUUACGCGUUCGACGAGCGUGGCUGGGUGUUCGGCCACUUCAUGUGUCACUUCGUCACUCUGAUGCAGGCUGCCGCUGUCUUCGCCGCCGUGCUCUCGCUCACGGCCAUCGCCGUGGACCGCUACAUCGUGGUGGCGUACCCCAUCCGCCAGCGGGGCGGCCGGCACUUCUGCGGGGCGCUGGUGGUCAUGAUAUGGCUCUGCGCUUUGGCGAUGUCCACUCCGACGGCCUUGCACACGGUUUACCUCGACCUGAGAGCCACGGGCCACCAGAUGGCCAUCUGCGAGGAGUUCUGGAGCGGAAAGGAGCGGGGCCGGCUGGUCUACUCCUGCUUCGUCCUCCUCCUCUCUUACUUCAUACCUCUCGCCGCCGUCUCCGUCUCUUACUGCGCCAUCUCCUGCCACCUGCGCCACAGGGCUCUCCCCGGGCUUGUGGCGUCCACUCCGUCCAACCGGCAGAAGUGGGGCCGGAAGAGGCGGAAGACCUUCCGCCUCCUGCUGAUCUCCGUCCUGUGCUUCGCCUUCUCCUGGCUCCCCUUGCAGGUGGUGAACCUCAUCCGAGACCUGGACACCGACUUCUCCAUCCUGAGCAAGAACCACGUCAGUCUGAUCCAGGUCUCGUGUCACCUGUUGGCCAUGAGCUCCACCUGCUACAACCCCUUUAUCUACGCCUCGCUUCACGAGAAGUUUCUGGCCUACCUCUGUCGCCACUUGCUCCCCAGAAAACGAAACCACCAGGCUCGCAGCAGCUUCACCGCCUCCAACCGCCUGCCCCGCCCGCAAACCUCCACCACCCUGAGUGACAUCAUCCCCAUGGCCAUAAGCAAGAUCCCCCAAGACGGACUCUCAGCGCUCCAGUGA